UAAAAUUAUAUGGUGCUACAUAUUCCAAAUUUUUUGGUGAAAGGUGUUGUUUUUUCUUGGAUGGGAUAUUUAACAUAUUAAUAUAUUUAGUAAGAAUCAUUACAAUAUUAUUUAGGAUAUAUAGAUUAGAUUAAUAAUCGAAAAAAUUAGAUGCUUAUAUCAAGUAAAUUUGAAGAAUUAUUUAAUAGAAACAAAACUUUAAAUGGAGAAAAAGUUGAUAUUCCAGAAGAGCUAUAAUAAGCAAAAUUAUAUUAGGAAAAUCAUUGUAAUAAAUAAAAAUUAUACAGAUGGAUAAAAGCUUUUAGAGAGAAUGAAAACGUAACAUGUUUUAGAAGAAUAAGUGAAAUAUGCACUAGCAUAGAAAAAGGAAUUAAGAUAAAAAUUAAUUAAUGAGAGUAACGAAAAGGAAGUAGAGUAAUUAGAAUAAGAAAUAUUGUAAUUGAAUCAAUUAUUCUCAAAAAUAUAAUCAAAGAAUUUACCAAAAGAUUGAUAUAAAUAUUGUAUAAUAAUAAUUUUCAUUUGAC